UCUUCAUCUAUUGAUCUUGGAUUUGAUCAUUCAGCUAACUCUGGUGAAUCAGGAGGUUUCAAUGGUAUAGAUCCUACUGUUCGUGAUUCUUGGAAGGACUUAGAGUUCAAUACACCAGAUGAUGCAUAUAAUUUUUAUGUUGAUUAUGGGAAUCAUGAAGGUUUUGGUGUGAGGAUUUAUAACCAAUCAGCGUGUCCGAAACUCAAUGGUGGUUCUUCAGCUGUAUAUUAUAUCAAGUAUUGUUGCAAUAAGGAAGGUUGGAAAAGAGGUAGCGAGAAUAACCCUGAUAAUGCAGGUGUUGUUGAUACGACAGUUCGUGUUCGUAAUGUUCCAGAACUCAGGGGUGGAUGUAAUGGUGCUUAUAUACGACUGAGGUGGUUUAAAGAGUUUAAAUGCUAC